UUCUAUUUAUAACAUUUCAUAUAUAUGAUUCUACAAAUUCAUGUUAUUAUAUUAUUUAUGCUUUAUAUUAAUUAUUACCUAUUAUUUGUUAUUUAUUAUUACCUAUUGUAUCAAUUUAAAAGUUUUAAUUAGUAUAAAACAUCUAAUUUGUUUUGAAGAAAUAAUAAAUAAUCAAAAUUGUAUUGAUAGAUGGCGUUAAUAAUGCAAUGCAUUAAAGAUCAAAGUCUAUCAUUAUAUUAUAAAUGUUGUUCAAUUGGAAACAAUCAUAAGAAAUAAUAAUUCAAAGUGUUGAAUAAAAAUUGAAUAUGGCAAGCACUUCUUCUGAUCAAAGCACUAUUGCUAAAAAGACAUGGGAAAUAUCAAAUAAUAUUGAAACAAUCAGCACGGUUGAUGAAAUUUAUAGAUAUGAUCGAAAAGAACAGCAGGAUAUAUUAGCAGCAAAACCAUGGGAAAAAGAUCCUCAUUUUUUUAAAGAUAUAAAAAUCUCUGCAUUAGCAUUAUUAAAGAUGGUUAUGCAUGCUCGUUCUGGAGGAACAUUAGAAGUAAUGGGUCUUUUACUUGGAAAAGUUGCAGCAAAUACAAUGAUUGUUAUGGAUUCUUUUGCAUUACCUGUAGAAGGCACGGAAACAAGAGUUAAUGCACAAGCACAGGCAUAUGAAUAUAUGACAGCAUAUAUAGAAGCAGCUAAACAAGUUGGAAGACAAGAAAAUGCUAUUGGAUGGUAUCAUAGCCAUCCUGGUUAUGGAUGCUGGUUAUCAGGUAUUGAUGUAUCUACACAAAUGCUUAAUCAAAAUUUUCAAGAACCAUUUGUUGCUAUUGUAAUUGAUCCUGUAAGAACAAUAUCUGCUGGUAAAGUUUGUUUGGGUGCAUUUAGAACUUAUCCAAAGGGAUAUAAACCAGCAAAUGAAGAACCAUCUGAGUAUCAAACAAUUCCUUUAAAUAAAAUUGAAGAUUUUGGUGUUCACUGUAAACAAUACUAUUCUUUAGAAGUUUCUUAUUUCAAAUCAUCAUUAGAUAGAAGAUUACUAGAUUCUUUGUGGAAUAAAUAUUGGGUGAAUACAUUAAGUUCUUCUAGUCUUUUAACAAAUGCUGAUUAUACUACUGGACAAAUAUUUGAUUUAUCAGAUAAACUUGAACAAUCAGAAGUUGCACUUGGAAGAGGAUUUAUUUUAGGUGGAACAGAUCCCCAUGAUCGCAGCACUGUAGAAAAAUUAAUGAAAGCAACAAGAGAUAGUUGUAAAACUACUAUUGAAAUUAUUCACGGAUUAAUGGCACAAAUAAUCAAAGAUAGAUUAUUCAAUCAAGUUGGGUGUAAUCCUAUUGAAUCUCAACAACAAUAAAUUAUAAAUGAAGCAUAAUAAUUAAGAUUAAUUAUAAUAAUAAGAUUGAUCAUAAUAAUUUAAAAUUAAUAUGUAAAAUGUAUUUAUAAUAUAAGGAAUACUUUUAAUUAAAUUAUAAUAAAAAAAAAAUUAAAUCUGUCUUUUUACUAUAAUAUAUGUAUAUAUUUUUAUAAUAUAAUAUUUUUCCUUAAUAUCUAUAUUGAAAUAAUUAUUGCAUAAAAUGAUUAUUAAAAAACUAUAAAAUUUUAAGAUUUAAAAUCUAAAAAUAAAUAAGAGAAAUGCAUAAGCAUUAAUACAAUAUUUUCAAAGAAUAAUGGAAUAAAAAUACAUUUUAUUUUCACACCUUGAAUCUCUAGAAAGUAUAUAUACAGAAUCUUUAUCAUUAUUCAAUAUCCUCACAAUUGAUUUAUAUAUAUUUAUAUUUAUAAAACUAAUAUAAUAUUGAGAACAAGUAGGCAGAGUACAUCCCACUGAAGGGCUGACACUGUGUCAUAGACUUUAAGACAAGGCCACUCAGAAACACACCCACCUGUUCUAGAAUUAUACAUCGCAUUCAUAGCGCACAACAUAUAAGGGACGGAGCUAAAAUGCAUACAGUUAUAUUGAUAAUAUAUUUACUAAUAUGUUCUGAUAAUUAUGCUUUAAAAAAAAUUUAGAAAGAAAAAUAGUAAAAGAAUUUAUCAACUUAAUCAUUCAAAAUAUUAGAUUAUUUAUAAUACUAGAAUUAAUCGCACUUAAAAUCUAUAUAUUCAUAUAAUUCUAUUACAAUAAGAUAAAUUAAAUACAAUUAAGUACAACUGUCUUAUAAUUUCAUUUACAUAAAAUCUUGAAAAAGAUAAAUAUUUGCAAGUAAAGAUGCUAUUGCUACUUUUUACACAAUUUAUUGUGUAUCGUUUCGCACAAUUUAAACGCACAUUCAUUGUUAAAUGAUAUUUGCUUAUAAUAUUUGCUUCAUAUAGGAAGAAAUAACAUAUAUAAAAAGAUAUGAAUUUUAAUUUCAAAAAUUAGUUCAAAAUUUAGUUCAAUUCAUUCAUACAAUUUUCAAAUUCAUUAAAUUAAUAAAAAUUUAAACUUUUAAUUUUUUAAAAAAUUAAAAUAUUUUUUUUACAUUUUUUAAUAUAUUUAAAUAAAUUCUAUAAUAAAAAGGAAUGUAAAAAUAUUUCUUUACAUUAUAAUUUUUCCUAAACUUUUUGUUAGAAAUAUUCAAAUUUACAUAUUCUUAAAAUAAUAUGUUACGAAACAAAACAUAGCAUAUAAGUCAUAAUUUUGUUUUAGAUUUUUUAUGCAUAAUGUUUAAUAAAUAUUUUUAAUAUAAAUAAAUAUUUUUUAAUGAAAAAUAUUUUUUCACAGUACAAAGAUUGUUAUAUAUAUUACAUUAUAAAAUUUUUGUAAUAAUUUUCGGAUAAUAUAAUUUUUAAUAUUCGAUUUUCAAAUAAAUUGUGAUUUGAAGUCAUAUUUAGAGAAAAUUGUUUUUUAAACUUUCAUACGAAUUUAAUUUUUUAUAUGAAAAAAAAAAUUGUUAAUAAUUUUAAAUAAUUUCGUAAAUGAAUAUAUAUAUAUAUA